CUGCUGUGUAUGACAAUGACAUCGACAAAUUUAUUCAAGAUCAGAAGUCUAAACUUGCAAAUGAAAGGCAACGCCUCAACCUGGGCCCCAAGGAUCCUUUACCUCCCCAAAACCUGCCACUGAGGGUUUCUGAACCGACUGGGCAGGGAUGAACAGUCCUUGCCAACAACUAAGUGAAGAGAGGAGGCAACAAGUACCAUAUUUUACAGGUUAUUGAUGGCAGAGAAACACCAGCGAGGUGGGCGUCGCCAAGAAGGGGAGUACAAUGCCACAAUUUCAGGUCUGAGAGGAGCAGAUUCUGCCAAGUACUAUUACCCUGAGAGGCCCAAGUCUGAUAGUGAUGUUCGAGGCAGCUGGUCUAAACCUUGGUUUGAACGUAACCGUAGUUACGUGGAUUUCAAACCAUUUUCUAAGCACGGGUAUCAUAAGAAACCCCCCUACUGGACCGAGCCAGAGUCAGCCAUUGUGACUGCACUGGGGGAACACAAGCAGGGGGACACAUAUGCAACAUUACCGGGCCUCCGAUACGAGGACAGUACCAAAGCUAAAUAUAGUGAGUUAGAGAGAAAUAAGGAGUACAAUGACUUCUUAAGACACAAGACUGCCCUGGAACAGAUGUCUCGCAACCAAGGACAAGAAGGGCCACCUGGUGCCCCACGCAAGGGCUGGGCCACACCCACCUAUGAAGAGAUGCUGGAUAAGAAGAGGCAAGAGGAAGCCAGAUACAGACGUUUUGAUGACCCUGAGUACAGUCGUCCUGGCAUGAAGUCAUACGGCAGUGAAGGAGCCCUCAACGGCAUCGAUGGUGAGAGACGAGGAACAGGUCUAGACACAGACUUAGACAAGACAACACGAACAUCGCGGAGAAACCCUGAGGAUGAUGAAAUCGCCAGGGAAUAUAUUGAAGUGAUUUCCCGCCUGAGGGACUAUAACUUCAAGGAGGCAGAACUCUCCAGCCGUCCCACCUCGCCUAAACAACAGGCUGAGGGUGGCGACAAGAAGAGAUACCAGGAUGUUGCUCCUCCCCGAGAUCAGGGUCCCCCACCACGCAAUACCGAGGCUGGCUACUACGCCACUCUGCCAGUUGGUGAACAGCAAGAAAAACGAAGUUACCCCAAAGAUGAUGGGGUUGAGGAACGGAUGAGUGCCCAGCAGCGGAAGAAGGAACAAUACAGGAAGGAGCUGCAACAGCAGAUGUUGGAGGCCAGUGAAGCUAAACGCAGAGAGAAGCUAGAUGGGAUGAAAGUGUCUGCCACUGGAGCCAAUGACCCAGAGAAGAGGCAGGACAGACUCCGAGGCUUUGGUGCAUCAUCUGUACCCCCACCACCUCCACCCCAGCCGGCUCCUAUAGUCCUCGCACCUCCGGUCUACAAGAUGGCGGACCCAGCUCCAGUUGUGUCAACCAGACUUGUAGACUAUGACAAACUUAGCCCUCGGUCGGAGCUGGUGUUGGGGCGGAAGAGUCUAUUCAAGGGAGACCACCAGUGGGAGCAGAUACAGCAGCUGGACAGGAUCAACUUCGACUUGGACCGUAAACGCUACACAGCACCUGCGACCAACAGCUCAUCAGGCAUUCUGGAGAGGGGCUUCGACUCGUUGCUGGAACCCACUCGAGUCAGCAGCAUCAAGGCCCCCCCGGGACUGGAGUACCAGCCGUCGACAUUUGUUACUGGCGGUGGGGGUGGCAGCUUUUCGUCAUUGGAUGAAACGUACCACUACCUGGCCACAAAGAACCCUCUGGACCCUGAGGUGGCUGGUGCAGCACAUCCUGGUGUUGCUGCAGUAGCCAUUCCUCAAGCAGCAGCAGCAACAGGUGGCAACACUGCCAGGGUGCGCUUUGAUGACAGACAAAGGCAGGCACCGGGAGGUGGGGCAACCUAUGCUGCGGAGGGCAAUGACUCUAAGGCAGCCUCUCGUGCCAAGGCACAACUCUAUCAGCUGGAGUUGGCCAAACAGAUUGAAGAAGACAAGAUGAAGAAAGCAAAGCAGAAGGCUCAACAGGAAUGGUAUGACAUGAAGCUGGAGGAAGAGGCCAAGGUUUACAACCCAUACGGCAAGGGGGGUGGGGGUGCCCCCAUGAAGGAUGAUCGUGGAAAUAUCAUUGCUGACCUUCGUUCACUGAGACGGCCAGGUGGUCCUCCCACUACAGCAGGAGUGUAUGCUGGGACCUCCCCUCGGCCCCCCUCCCCAAGAGAUGACCUGAUCCGCACCCCACCCCUCCAGACCACAGCUGCUGGGGAACCCUCACAUGCCCGAGGGGGGCAUGGAAUAUUUGGACAGCCAAAGACUGAUGCUGAGAAACACCAGACAGAUGUGUACAAAGAUGAUUUGAGGAGACAGAUUGAGGCAAAGAAGGCAGCAGCUGCUCUGGAGCGAGAGAAGGAGAGGUACGAAGAAGAGAAGGAGCAACGUAGGAUAGAGGCGGAGAGGAAGAGAAUGCAGGAGGAGUAUGAGGAGGAACGCAAGAAGAUAAAAUUGAAGGAGGAUGAGGCUCGGAGGAAGAAUGAAGAGUUGAUGAGACAAGCCGAGGAGAGGAAAAGAGAGACUGAACAGCGGAGACUUGAUGCCGAUAAUGAAAGGAGGAGAGAGCAGGAGGAAGCAGAUAGAGAGAGGCUGGAGAGAGAGGCUGCAGAGCGAGGAAAAUCUCCCCCAUUGCCUGCAGUGGGGAGAAAGCAGGCAACUGAGAGCACAUCGGAACCCGCUGAUAAAGCGCUUACUUAUCGAGCAUCCUCCCCCCCUGUGCCAGCUGCUAGAACCAGUCUUGCUGCCGAGAAUCGGCCUCACUCAGUUGCUAAGCAACAAAAUGAAGAGGCUGAAACCCGCUAUGUGCCCUCCGCGCUUUCCAGUAGAAUAGAUGCGCCUUCGCUUGACCGAGGUCGUUCCCCAGUUGACAGAGCUCCAUCUUCCUCAAGAGCUCCAAGUGCUGACAUCCUGAAUGCUCUGGCCAGGAUGAAGCAUCAGUUGGCCUCCGAGAGAGACAGAGUGGAGACCAUGCUGGACAAGAAUGAAAAUGAGCCUGAGGUGUUUGAUCCGAGGUUAGCACAGAGGCCCCCGCCAGUUCCACGGGUUCAGCGUGACAUAGAUGUGUUUGAGAUGGCACGUAACCGAAACACCGUUCCAGUGAGACGAGCGCCAACAGCAGACAACAAUCCUAAUCCAGAUCACCUGCGCGAGUUCCACAGUCUCAAACAAGCUGACACAGAUUCUAGACAAGAAUUCCAGCGACACUUUCCAUAUGACCCGAUGUCCAACGACCAUCUGGAGCAGCAGCAGGCUGCACUCAUCCGACAGCAGGAACAGACUCUCCGGGAAUUGAGGGGCAAAAGCAAGUUUGAGAAGGCUCUGCCCAACAUGGAGCCUAAAGACUUAGGCUUGAAUCGUCAUCGCACAAUCAGUCCACAGCCAAUGCUACAAUCCAACAGUGCCUUUAUAGAUAUGAAUGGACUUGGACCAGUGUUCCCAGAUGACCUUGAUGACCUCCCACGUCGGAAUGAAUCCGCUCGGCAGCGACGUAGAGAGGGACUCUUUACUAGCCCCAGGCCUGGGUCAGUGACAAGCCUAGAUGUGGAUCAGAUUGCCAGGAAGAAUGAGCAGCGUCUGAAGAAACUCCGCGACAUCCAAGGUGAUGAUUUGUCUCUGAACGACCCCGAUGAUGUCCUGGACAGGUUCAUGUCAAAACAAGCUCACAACAGGGAUUUUGUAACUGAGCUUGAUUCAGAGAGCGAUACCUUUACCCCCUACAAGUCAGACUAUGCAGGAUGAUUCCUGGCUUCAGCCUGGCAGCAAGCUGUCCCGAUACUGAGUCCGGGUCUCUCCUCCACACAUAGCCUCCUCAUACAGUGCUGCACAUCGCCUCAUCUAGCUCAUCAGUGCCAGCAGAAUCACAGCAUGCUUCAGCUGAACAUAGAGAUGUCACCACGCUUCAUCAGCUGACUUCUGGUCAAGGGUGCAUGCUUCAGAUGAACAUCUGAAAUGUCACCCUUACCUCAUGGAAUGUCAUCUAGUCUAAGUGGACACACUCAGCUGAAGGAUGCUUUUUCAGUGGCCUAUGUUUGGCUAAGUAAAGAUUAAAGAUCAGCUUCUCAGCUGACUGAUUUCGUGCACCAUCUCCAUUGACAUCCUUCUGACCUUCACUUCUCCAUCGCUGACAUGGAAACAAGACUAUUAGUGAUUCCUUGAGACUAUUCCAACAUGUUCUGUGAAAGUUCCAAAUUGUCACAUGCAGCAAGGGUUCUCCUGAUUGACUAUAGACAGUGCUAAUUGUCACUUCGUUUGCCAGUUCCAACAUCUACAUUCCUGCGCUCAGGAAGACAUUGUUGGUGCCGUACCUGAGAAUCUCUCCACAGGAUGAUGAGUUUGUAUGAAGAUUUCCACAUCUAUGACAUAAUUAAUGUUCUGACAGUGUUUCUGUUUGCAUGCGUCAGUUUGUGAUACAGUCAGCUGUACAUAGUAUUGUCUUAUUCAUUACAUUCCUGUGACAUGAUAUUGAAUAUUAUGUACAUGCAUAUUACAUGUCAGACAAUCCAUGACUAACAGAUGGGACACUUGUAGAUGAGAGUUAUCUCCCAUUCUCCAUGGCCAGGGUCAUACACACAUAUGUACAUAUGCAUUCCAUGUUUAUAAGUUCACAGUAUAGGAUUACCUCAAGAGAUGCUCUAUUGUCUGUACCUUUAAGUCUUUAUAUCACUGAUAGUGUACAUAUCCUAUAUAUAAACAUUGCCAUACAACUUAUCUCAGUGGUGAAAAGAUACUCUCUGUUCAAGAGGUCUACUCUUCUAAACAUGUCACUUCAAAUUUCCUAGGUCCUUUCAACAGACUUUGAAGACAUACUAGUUUAGAAUUGGUAUAACUGACAUGGCAUUUCCUCACAUAGGACACUCAGUGGAAUUCACUACAUUAAUAUUGGAUUGACUGUAUAAAUACUACUGGAUACAUGUGACCUUACUUGGCUGAAUCUUAGUUGGUAGUCUUACGCACAAUACCAUGCCAAACUCGGCUGUCGGUCGAUAUAACAGACCCUGCCACACAACACAAAGUUGCACAUGUUUUGUUGCCCCGUUUCUGGUUGUUCUUGGCCAAACUCUAAAUAUCAGAUGAACAUGACUGACUUUUGUGGGUUCAGGAACAAUUGACAUCAUCUGAGAUGAAUGGAGCGUCAGUGUGCACUAUCAGAACAUGGUGUUAGAGUAGUGUCCCUUCCUCACCACCGCCUCAGUGUCCUCCUCACCAUGUGACAUCUCCCACACAGUAUCGUCGCUGCCACCAAUAUCCAACAUCCAGUAGACAAAUCGUAAACAUUUUCCCUCUAACCCAAAAUGCAGUUCAUUUGUUUUGUUAUUUGUGUAUAUCUUUUCUAAUGCCAUCCUAGUGUAUUGGGAAAGGUUCUUCUACCGACUUUAUUUUUCCUGGAUGAACUGAAGUUUUCUUUUGUUAAUUUGUAACUGACUUACUAUACCCUGGAUUAACUUUUCAUGUGAGUUUGAGAUUUCAGACUAAAAGAAAAGCACCCAAAUUCCCCCUUGUAUUCCCUUUGUAUCAAUUACGUAAUAGUUAAAUUGAAACAGAAAAUAUUUUGGCUGGGGAAGAGUAUUAACUGUCGCUACAGCCAUCACUUCUUACUGACAUAAUGGUCAGACUGUGAUGUUUACAAUGAUAUUCAUGGUUACACCUGGAAAGUUUUGUAGUGCAUUGGUGGCAGCCUUUGUAUAAAAGUUCUGCCGACGAGCUGUCACUGUGAGGAGUUGCCACUACCUAGGCACCUUGUCAGUUGACCUGACAUGGAUUUCUUAGAUUGUAUAUUUUUUCUUUCGUCUAAGAAAAAAGUGCUGGUGAGAAAAGGAUCACUCUUUGCAUGUACUGAUGCAUUUUUAAAGAUAUAUCACCGUCCAUAGAGGAAGAAUAUUGUCCUGAUGUUCUGUUGUUAGGCAGCAUUCUGAUGUGUAAAUAUAUGCCCAAAGAUGUUUAUUUAUUAUGUUCUUAACUCCCAGAAUAUUGAUGUGUAUUUGUAUAAAAUGUGAAUGUAUAUAUGUAGAUGUAAAUGGUUGAAAUCUUGUCAUUGUAAAUGCCUUUAACUUAAUUUUUUAAAAGAGCCAUAAGAAAUGUUGAAAAUUGUUCUUUUUUUCAGACAAGUGUCUUUACCAUGAGGUAAAAACUUGAUAUUAUUGAAAAUGUAAAUAAUGUUGAAUUGUGUGAGGUAUCCUGAUUUUAUUUCAUUACAUGAACAUAUGGAUUACUUGCAGAUAUGUCAAAAUAUCCAAAAUAUGAAAGCUAUAUGAAACUAUUGUAAAUGGAAUUGUAUAGUCAACAUUUAUGAUUUCAUGUGUAACCAGAGUGUCUGAGUCAUCUCUCAAUAUGGUAUGACAUUCAAAUGAGAUGUUUUAAUUCGAUACCUUUCAGGUAAAUUUAGUACUUCUCCCAUAGAGAAUCGCAGUAAAGGAUCUGAUUUUACCAACAUUGUUGUUAUAUACACACGGGAUUGAUUGUACAAAAACUGUUGUGUGUCUAUAGAUCUGGAAGCUAUUGACCCAUGUUUGUUACAUGAAGCACCUCAUUAUCUACAGCACUAUGCAAAAUGUGUAAAUCAAAAUCUGGUCAACUUUGUUGUGAUACAGCUUGUUUAUUACAUGGUUAUCUCUCUGUGAUGUGUGUUGUUGACAACUGGUGUCUUGUUGAAAAAUGGUUUUAUUGUUAGAAAUAUUUUUGUGACAACCCAAAGUGAAAUUAACAGUGAAAAGGAACUGAACUGUAUUUAAGAAUGUAUACUACUCAAAAAGUUAAGGAACAGCCUCUUUUUUUCAAAUGACCAUAGUCAAUAUGUCAUGACAUGACAUAUAUGGUCAUGUAAUUAUUUGGAUUUGAUUAAAUAAAAUUAGAUGCACUCCUUCUGGAGCAAAAUCAUUUGCAGGCACAGAAGUAUAUUCUAUAUUAGUUUGAUGUGAUUGAACUAGUUAAGGUUGCACAAAAUUUAUAAGGCGCACAUGUAUUUAUGCUUAUUUAUUCCAAGAUAUUAUGCUAAUAUUGUUAUGAGAUGACACGGUCUAUCUGUUGUGCCUUAAAUUUCAAUCAUCAUCUUGGUGUCUCUUUUAAAUUAACUGUAUGCAUUUAUUUGGAUUCUCAGCCCACCCUAACAUAUGUAUCUUUUCCUUGUGACAGCUAUUAAGUCGAAAAUUUGUCAUUUCAUUUUAUGAUUUUAAGAGUCGUGUCCCUUUGAUUGCUAUGUUAUACUAAUCAUGUUUUAGUUGAUAUCUGUUACUGGUGGUCUUUGUAUAUUUAUGGUGUUAGAGUGGUCCUUUCUGUAUGAUGUAGACAGGUGCUGUUUGGACAGGGAGGAAGAGUGCCAUCCCCGACAGUGAAGGGUGGACAAUUCUUCUGUGAACAUUGUGUUGAAGCUGUAUGCUUUGUGAUACAGGAACAUCACAGAUCCCCAGUAUUCUGAAGCUUCAUAUUUGAUCUGCUAUUUUUUUAGUGUCAAAUUGUUUUAGGGAUAUUUUUUCAUUGUGGACAUUUACACCUUCAGGAAUGUUUAAUCAAACAUCUAAAUUUCAUUUCUUUAACAUUUGCUUCUUGUCAUCCCCAAAUAUUUGUAGCAGAGCCUGAUAUACAUAUUUACGGUAUUUAGGAGUUAUUUACGGUAUGAGUGUUACUGGGAAUCUGUGUUGGACCUCCUGUUAGUGAUAUACUUCUUGUCUCAUGGUCAAUACGUUCUCACUGAUCACCGGACUAUCUGUGAUAUUGCCGUCCACUAUAUAUUGAAGAAAUAAACACAUGCAUAUCA